CCCCGACCGCUCGGUGAUGGAGGUCCAAAUGGACGCAAAAUUUAACCAGCAUGUGGAAGUUUCAAAUCUCUUACCUGAGAGUACUAAUAAAGAUUACGUGGAUUUGUCUGAGAAGGAUAAUACUUCAUCAAGCUCUAACCGUUGAGAUGAUGACUCAAAGCAUUUCAGUAUGUCGUAUCAUAGGACGAACCAUAGUAGUAUAUAUAGAGGAUGUAAUAAGUGGGGAAACACAUGUAACUCAUCCUGGGUAUACUUAUACGGUUAAUUCAUGUUCAUCACAGGAUGUAAUUAAGAGGGGGUAUUUCCUCAAAUAUUCAAACCAAUGAUCUCACCUAUAAUGCGCGUUAUAAUGGGCAAUCGAGUGAUUUAGAACCAGUAGUAGUUCCAUUCACUUCUUCUACUGAUAACAUAGAGAGUGAUGUAGCUAACAUAGAGAGUGAUGUAGCUAACUUGAGAACACAUGAGGAGUAUAGAACUGGGUAUAUAUGCUGCUUUUGAAGUUGAUCAUGAGAAGCAUCAUUCACGCUCUUCUAGCAAUCAUUCAGCUUCUAGUACUGGAGAUAUACCUUGUCCUGCUGGUACUUAUGCAAGUACAUCUGACAUCAACCUCCAAACAGAAGCAUCUAGAGUGCCAUCACCUUCAAAACUACUCUCCAAAGUUGUUAGUAAGCAAGAAAGUAUCAAGAGACAUCACAUAAGCUGCAAAAUUGGUGCAUCAAAAAGCCAUGUUGUUCAAGGGGUUCCCAGGGACAGUUCCUCUGGUUUCCUUGGCGUGGAGGUGGAUGCUAGUUCAGCCGCAGCAGCUUCUGCUGCUGCUAUGAAAGAGGCAAUGGAGCAAGCUCAAGCUAGAUUAAAGAGUGCAAAGGAAUUAAUAGAGAGAAUCAGUGAAGGUUUCCUGAAGAUCGACGACAGCCCUUCAAAUUGUGGCGAAGGCGUUUCCUGA